UCCAUUUUACUGCUUUGCUGCUCGACAGCCCUCGAUCGAUGCCGUGGCCAAGAGUGCUGCUGAUGUCAGGAGUACGUUGCAAGGCGCAAAGUCUCACAAAACGACAUCUGCCGGGGCGUUCUGGCGUCUCUUGCUAUAAUGGACAAGAAUCGUCUCUCCAUCCCUUACCCGCCAGCGACGUACAACCUCGUACAGGUAGGAGGCGUAACGUAAGUGUUCUGGAACGUAUAUCAUAUGCACAGUCAGGACUCUUUGCUUCUUGUAGCCUUAGCGAUGACAUUGCCGCUCUAGUAUCUGCCAACGUUCGUGAUGUGCCACCAUCUCCCGGCCGUUCACGUGCAACGCACAAUGACAUGUCCUCAUCGCAUUCGCAAACGGUCACAGAAAUCAUGGCUGCAGCCGGACUUCAUGGCUCAGCCCUUCCGUGUGCACGGCAGACACAGCAAUUUGGAUGCACGUGCAACACGUGCCCGCCCUUUCCCAAAUAGGAAGGAACGAUGGCACAUUGACCAAUCGGAGCGCCAACGUUAGACUCACGGUCGACGCACUGACAUCAGUGCGGUGUCACGAGGUUGCCUGCCCAACGUAGCCCGCGUCUCUUCAACAACUUUCC